UGACAGACACACUAGAAUGAAUACAAGCUUCCUCCAGGACUUCCUCUACUGCGCUAAGCAACAUAGAUGCAGAAUACUUCCUAAAACCUUUUCUGAGUGCCGUAAACUCUUCAUUGUAAACUGUGCAACUGUUCAGACUAGCAGUGACGAGAGUAAACCUGCUGUGCCGGAAGAAACUGCUCUGACAAGACUCCUCUUCUGUCCCAUGAACACGUAAUAAGGGUCUCUACAGUCUCAAGAGGUUUUAACUUUGUGCACAGUUGUGGAAACAUUCUGCUCAACAAACAGCACUGAAGGCAAUGACUCAGUUGGGUGGAUAAUGUGACUAAGCUGAGGGGAUAAAAGCUGUCUACCUGGAAAGAUUAAAAUGAAGAGAAGGGACACACCCCUUUGCAAGCAGCAGUCAACACCGAGCUUUGGGAAAGAAAUGCCUCGGCUUUUCCCUAAAAUGUCGAUGAGUCAGGUGGAUGAGAAGGUACGUGUACUAGCAGAGAAGGUGUUUGCCUCUGCCCUAAAAGAGGAAGACACCAAGGAUGCUCUGGCCAUGUUCACUGUGCCAGAGGACUGUCCCAUCGGGCUGCAUGAGGACAGGGAGCGGGCGCUGCAGAAAGAGCUGGCUGAGCAGCAGUCCCAGGAGUCUGCUAAGAGAAAGAAGAAUUUCAUGUUGAAGCGUUCGCAGUCGGUAUCUUUGCAGAUACCCGUCAGUGGUGACUGGGCACCAUCUGUGGUGUCAUCAAUGGUCUGCCCGCCCACACCUGAACCUAUUCUCCCAGAGGGCAUUCCAGAGUUCCAGAGAGUAAUCAUCAGUGGAGAUUACUGUGCAGGGGUCACAGUUGAGGAUUAUGAGCAGGCUGCCAAAAGCCUCCUUGGGGCCCUGUUCAUCAGAGAGAAAUACUCCAGGUUGGCCUACCACCGCUUCCCCAGGACCACUGCCCAGUUCCUCCGCAAUGCCGAAAAUGAGAAAUGGAGGGAGGAGGAUGAGAUCUUGCCAGACAUCUGGCCUUUCCCUCAUGAGGGGGAGGACCCAUACUCCAUGGAGGGUAUUCCUGAGAACCUGAACUACGAGCUGCAGAUGAAGGAUGGCAUAGUUCAUGUUUACGACAAUGCCGAGGCCCUGAAACUACAGAAGCCUCACAGUCUCCCUUACCCUGACCUUGAGACCUUUGCCAUUGACCUGAGUCAUGUCCUCGCAAUGAUAGCUGAUGGCCCAACGAAAACAUACUGUCACAGACGGCUCAACUUCCUGGCCUCUAAAUUCUACCUUCAUGAAAUGCUGAAUGAAAUGGCAGAGCUAAAGGAGCUAAAGAGUGUUCCACACAGAGACUUCUACAACGUCAGAAAGGUGGACACACAUAUUCACGCUGCCGCCUGCAUGAACCAGAGGCAUCUGCUGAAAUUUAUACAGACCACAUACCAGACAGAGGCAGAUCGUGUCGUCUUGGAGAAGGGCAGUCAGAAGAUCACACUCAAGGAAGUCUUCGAGAACCUCAACAUGGACCCCUACGACCUCACCGUGGACUCUCUGGACGUGCAUGCUGGAAGACAAACAUUUCAUCGGUUUGACAAGUUCAACUCCAAAUACAACCCUGUUGGAGCCAGCGAACUGCGAGAGAUUUACUUGAAAACAGACAACUAUAUCAAAGGAGAAUACUUUGCACGUCUGAUCAAGGAAGUGGCCCAAGAGCUGGAGGAGAGUAAGUACCAGCAUGCUGAGCCCCGUCUGUCGAUUUACGGCCGCUCUGCCAGCGAGUGGGAGAGCCUAGCAACCUGGUUCAUCCAGCAUAAGGUCCACUCACCCAACAUGAGAUGGAUGAUCCAAGUUCCCAGGAUCUAUGACAUCUUCAGGUCAAAGAAAUUAAUACCACACUACGCAAAGAUGCUGGAGAACAUUUUCCUCCCCCUCUUUGAGGCUACAGUCAAUCCGCAACAGCACAAAGCAACACAUGUAUUCUUGAAAUACGUAACAGGAUUUGACAGCGUGGAUGAUGAGUCAAAACACAGUGACCACAUGUUUUCUUACAAAAGCCCAAGGCCUGAGGCCUGGACCACGGAUGACAACCCUCCCUACACCUACUACCUGUUCUACAUGUAUGCAAACAUCAUGGUGCUCAACAACCUGCGAAAGGAGCGAGGACUGAACACCUUUCAGUUCCGUCCUCACUGUGGCGAGGCCGGCUCCAUCACCCACCUGGUUUCCGCCUUCCUCACAGCUGACAACAUCUCCCAUGGACUCAAUCUCAAGAAGAGUCCAGUGUUGCAGUACCUGUACUACUUGGCCCAGGUACCAAUCGCCAUGUCCCCACUAAGCAACAACAGCCUGUUCCUGGAGUACUCCAAGAACCCUCUACGAGAGUUUCUGCAGAAAGGCCUGUGUGUGUCACUGUCCACCGAUGACCCCAUGCAGUUCCACUACACCAAGGAGGCCUUGAUGGAGGAGUAUGCCAUCGCAGCCCAGCUGUGGAAGCUGAGCACCUGUGAUUUAUGUGAGAUAGCCAGAAACAGUGUGUUGCAGAGCGGACUCUCGCAUCAGGAGAAGAAACACUUCAUUGGUUCCAACUACCUACAGGAUGGACCGGAGGGAAAUGACAUUCGGCGGACAAACGUGGCUCAUAUCCGGAUGUCCUACCGCCAUGAGACACUGUGCAAUGAGCUCCGUUUUCUCGUGGAUGCAGUGAAGACAGAUGUUGGCAUUAACCCAACUGAGUAACUGACCACACCAGCACAAACUGCACCUGAAUACAUCCUCAAGGAUGAAGGGGCAUAGGUUGGACAGCACUAUUUUUUUGUUUGUUUUUUUUAAAUACAUAUUAUUAUGAAACGUCCUGACCAAGAUUUGAAAAAAAUGGGUCUUUACUAUUCUAUUCUUGAUAUUGGUGCAGAAAUCUGCAUGGUCUACUUCUUGUAGAGUGAUAAAACUUUUUUUUUGACUGUAUUCAAUACUGUAUCUAUGAACUUUGCCAAUCACUGUGUGCCUCAUGUUAUUAGGAUAGAGGUUUUAUUGUAAAGGGUGUGAAGUGUACUUGUGGAUUGGAAUAUAUGAAAGGGCAGUAGCCACAAAGCCAAAGUGAAAACGAUUUUUCACUCAAAAAGUUCUUAUAAUUGUAAACUAGGCACUGCUUGCAGCACAGCAGUAUGCAUGUUACAAAGGACUUUAUCUUGACUAUAGGGCAGAAAUGAAGUGUAGAAAAAAGAAAAUCCUAAUUCAAUGCUACAGUUGACUUAACACUGAAUUCAGAAAAUUGCAUGAUUUUGUCAGAUAUGAAUGGAAAUGAAAUGAGAGACUGGGAAGCAAUAGGUGACCGAGCAUUAAAUCUAGUUUUGUGACAGCUAUGUGGCAGUCACAACUGAGCUGAAAAAACAAAGUGAUAAGAAUUAUUUUCUUUUUUAUGUUUAUCAUUUUUCAUUGUUUUUCAUAAAUAAAUAAAGACUGCAGAACAACAUUUUUAACACUUACUUUUGUAUGUC